AUGUUACUUCUCUUACAACUAUCUCUCCUCUGUUGUUCUAUAGCCAUAACCAGCCUCAACGAAAGAAGCUUCAAAACACCAUCCUUCACCCUAUUCCAACACUCCGGCAAAUUCGGAACUUACUACAGAAAAUCCUUGUUAGCGUUUUACAUUAUGUCUAGUUUACUAAGUAUUGCCGGGUUCUAUGUACCAUUUUCGGUAAAAGGCAUUUAUUACGAUGGAAAUGAUGUCAUCGACAUUAUCCAGCGAACGCACAGAUGCUGUGGACCAGAUGGGCCCUUCUACUGGUCGAAAAACACCGCAUGGGCCAACAGAGAAUUGGCCCAAUAUAAAUAUAAAGUUCCGAAAAGUUGUUGCAACAGAAAACGUUGUACUUUGGCUUCUAUGAAAUUUAAGGAACUAACCAUCCACAAGGACAGCUGUCAGCAGCAUUUUGUUUACUCCUUCGAAAGUUUUCUAUCAUACAACUGGAAAUUUCCAUUUGCGAUAUGCAUCAUUCAGUCUUUAAUAAUCGUUCUCUGUGUCAUAAUCGUAAAGCUGCAAAAAAUUGGUUUCCUGAGUAAAGACGUUGAUGAAGAUGGAGAAAAACGUACGAUGCUCUUCUCGAAAGAUCUGUUGAGACUGAGUGGACUGCGUGAAAAUGAUAAAAUCCAUGCGUCUCAGUUCUGGAUCAGUAAGGAAGAAGACGCAAAAAAAGAUGGCAGAACAACUAAACAAGAACGACUUCACGGUAAAAACCGAAUUCAAAAACGAAAACUUGGUUUGCUUGAAGAUAACAACAAGAUCUCAAAUACUCCGUUAUAUAGAGAUAAUAAUGAAAGAAGUUAUAUUGAGGAGAACCGUGAAAAGUAUGAACACGUAGUUCCAAGCCGUCGUUCAUCGUUCAGUAAGAAAUCAAGUUACACAGACGACUACAGCAUUCAAAGGCCAUCAAGAUCAUUCUAUUCACCACGAAUCCUUGAUUCUCCACCCACUUCUCAUCGGAAAAUUCCCAGAUCCCAUCAUUCAUCGCGUAUUCGAAGCCAACCUUCCAGGCCCUACUACAACGAAGAAGAGGAUGACUUUAGAAGAAAAAGAAGAAACAGCAGCGAUGAAGAUGACAAAUUUAAAAGAAGACGACGGAGGAAUCGAUCAAAAAGACAUUUGGACAACAAUGAUGAUCUAGAUAGGAGUUAUUCAAAUGGAGGCCGUCGAUCAAAAAUUCUAUCGACACUGGAUGAAUUGUUUAGACCAAAAAUUGUAGUAGAUCAAAGGAGGAAAAUGGUUGAUAGCGAUGAAGAAAUGGAUAAGACAUUAGAUAAAAUAGAUGAUUUAGAGUUGGAUCUGAGGUGGCAAAAAUUGGAGACGUUAAGAAGAAAGAAAAAACGAGGUUUAAAAAAAUUGGAAAUGCUUGCAAAAAAGGAGGACAUGGAAAAUAGGAAACUGGAGGAAUUGAUGAGGUGA